GUGCACAUUGUUAGUGUACCUUCUCAGCUACUAAGGUACUAGCAGUACCUGUUGCAGCUACCAUCUGGGUACUAAGCGAUCGAUCGAUCGGAAUUCAUGUCCAUCGGUUCUCUAUGGGCAAAGGAUGUUCUUCGGUUCCACCAGAUUCAAUAGUCUACCGCUAUUACCAACAUUCUCACACUAGUUCGACAUUAGACCCAUCGUUGAUCGGGAGGCAACCCCGGGAGCAGCAGACAAAACCCAAGAAAAGGCAGAAGAGAAAAAACACGGAUCUCUGAUGUGGAGGAUCACAAAUACAUGAGAAAUAUGCGUUUGUGUGUGUUUGAGAGAGAAGGGAGGGGGAGAGGGUUUGAAGAAAGGGAAAAAGAAGACAAAGCAGGAUAUUCUCAAGAAGGGUACGGAGUACUAGAGAAAGACUGGUGGAAGAUGAUGACGAUGGUGCCACCCACAAACGGCUAUGCCCGAGAUCUCGAGCAAGGGAAAGCGGGGAGUGUUGUACUGUACCAUGGAACAAACCACGCAGGCACAGGUAAAAUACGGAGUCUGCUUAUCUAGCGUUUUCUUUUUCCUUCUUUUUGAUUUGUCUCACCCUCCUUUUUAUAGCUAC